CGCGCAGCCCGAGUGUGGAGCGCACUAGGUAACCCAAAGCAAUGAGGCAUGUGGAGAAAUCCAGUCCCUCGGAUCCAAAUCCAGAUUUGCUUAGGAGCGAAACUGGGCUUUCUCCUCGUGUCGUUUUAGAAGAAAUCUUGGGUAUAGUGGUUUGGGAGACAUUGAAGUUGAACAGACGUCACGAUUCGGUUGACGUAAAGCGCAAGGACUGCCGAUAUCUUGAGGUCUGGAAAACAGGAGUGCGAGAGACCUCGCCUCUUCAAUCUGCGAGCCUCAACCCUACAAUUCUUGCAACUUGCCAUUCACGGACUUAACAAAAUGGACAACAAAUUUUUGGACAAGCCAUCUGCUGAGCAAUACGAAGUUAUGGGUACUGAGCCGCUGGAAAGCCCAAAGACUCGAGAUGAGUUCAUUGAAUCUUAUGUUAUUGAUACGGAAGAGGAGCGCAAACUAGUCCGCAAGAUCGAUCUCUAUAUCCUGCCAACUAUGUGGAUUAUGUAUCUUUUGAGUUAUAUGGACAGGACAAACAUCGGAAACGCCAAGAUUGCAGGUAUGGCAGAAGACCUCGGCUUAGAUUCGAAUCGGUACUCGAUCUCACUCAUUGUUUUCUUCGUCGGUUAUGUCAUCUGGGAAGUACCAUCGAAUAUGAUUCUUGCCCAGACAAAGCCUUCAAUCUUCCUGCCGACAAUAAUGUUUCUAUGGGGAUGCGCGACAAUCGGAAUGGCCUUUAUAGACACUUACAAAGCAUUGGUCGGACUGAGAGUUCUCAUUGGUCUACUCGAAUCAGGAUUUGCUCCCGGAGUGUUGCUCCUUCUUUCCAGUUGGUACAAGCCAGAUGAACAAGCGCGUCGUUUUGGUGUGUAUAUCUCAGCGGCUAUUUUAUCGGGAGCCUUUGGUGGACUUAUCGCCGGAUCUAUUACUGGUGGACUCGACGGAGUUAACGGUAUGGCUGGCUGGCGAUGGCUCUUCAUCACAGAAGGUGCGGCAACGGCGGUUUGGUCUAUUGUUGCCUCUUUCUUACUUAUGGAUUUCCCUGCGAACACAAAAAGACUUACCGAGCCCGAGCGAGAACUAGCCCUCAAGCGGCUAAUGGCCAGUGACGGCCUCAUCGAAACUGAAGACUCGCCCAAGUUGUCCCACUGGCAGGCACUCAAGGAGGCUCUCAUCAAUUGGAGGGUCUGGGGUUUUGUCGUCGGGUACAUGGCGGUUGUAGGCUCUUCAACAUUGUCAUACUUCUAUCCAACUUUAGUCACAGGACUCGGUUAUUCUACAACAAUGGCGCAAUAUAUGACCAUUCCGAUUUAUGCUGCAAGUUUUGUCAUUACCAUUAUUGUCGUUGUCUUCAUGGAUAAAUAUCCUGAGUGGAGAGGUUUGGUAUUAGCCUGCGCCAUGGGAGUCUCAAUGCUUAUGGCUAUUAUCAUUUGUGUGGUGUACGAUUUCAAAGUACGAUACGCACUGCUAGUUAUCAUGGCGUGCGGCCUUUGGGCAUCCAACGGUCUAUCACUGGCUUAUGCUUCGUCAACUUUUAGCUCUAAGUCUGCAGAGGUCCGUGGUAUUAGUCUUGCAUUCAUCAAUGCUAUGGGAAACCUUGCACAGAUCUACGGCUCGUACCUCUUCCCAUCAAAAGACUCACCCCAGUACCUGGUGGGAUUCGGAGUUAUUGCGGGGCUCUGCUUUACGGGAGUAACGUCAUACCUGGCUCUAUUCGUUUUGCUCAAUAGAUAUCCUCAAAGGAGGUAGAUCAUGGACUUUGCAGUGUUUUGUUGGUUGGCGGCCAACGAGUUGCCUCGGUAAUUAGGCGUUAGACAUGAUUAUUACGCUAGUCUAGAGAGUAGUUGGCAAAGCAUACUGAAUGAAAACGACGAUUUAUAAUAAA